UUCGGUUGUCACAUCAGUCUACAUUGCAAUGGAAGUGAACAGUAAAGCAGAAUAAUGAACUUCGAAACCGCAGUGGAAUCACUCGCCAAUUUGCCCCUUCCUCUUCUGGAAACGAGUUUGACGAAAGAAAAUCGUGGUUGUUGAACCCUCGGCGUUGGCUGUCUACACUUGUCUUCUUCAGCCAACGUGCCCAUUCUCUAGCAGCCGAGCUGUCUGAAUUGGGUCCAAGUUGCGUUGCGCCCAAACCACACCAUACAAACGACGAUAAAUCCCAUCUCGUGCCUUCCACGCCGUCCGUUCUACGUGUCCCGGCGCCAACCCAACGGCCAACCGACCCCGCGUCCGUGCAUAACAGCGGCAGCCGUGACGCGACGCCAUGCCGCCGGCCGAGCGGCUCGACGUCGAGAUCACCUCCCGGACACUAGUCCGCGCCUCCGACCCGCCGCGGGGCUUCCCGGCGGUGCUCCCGGUGUCCAACCUGGACCUCAUCUUCGGCUCUUUCCACGUCUUUUUCAUCUCCGUCUACCCUGCUCCCACCGCCGGCUUCCCCGCCGUGGCCGCGGCCGCGCGCGCCGCACUCCCGGCUUUCCUCUCCCGGUUCUUCCCCUUCGCCGGCCGCAUCGUCCCCAACGCCUCCACGGGCAUCCCCGAGAUCCACUGCUCCAACGCGGGCGCCGAGCUCGUCAUCGCCCGCGCCGGCGCCGGAACCCGGCUCGCGGACGUCGACUUCUUCGACGCCGACCGCUCGCUGGGGCGCAUCCAGGUGCCGUUCCAGCGCGGCCUCGCGCUGUCGCUGCAGCUCGUCGGGUUCGCCUGCGGCGGGUUCGCGCUCACCUGGGGCUCCGACCACCUUCUCCUCGACGGCCGCGGCCUCACCGCGCUGCCCAACGCCUGGACCGAGCUCCUCCGCACGGGCGAGCUCCCAUGGCCGGACCCCCUCAGCCACCUCGCCCGGGCGUCCCUCUUCCUCCCACGCUCCCCAUGUCAGUACCCGCUGUCGAUGGACGCCGAGUUCGUCCGCUACGACGCGCCCGGCAGCCUCCCGAACCCGCUCCUCGUGGCCACCCUCGUGCGCCGCAACUACGUCGUCUCCAACGCCGCCGUCGACCGCCUCCGCGCCGCCGCAUCCGGCUCCUCGCGGCUCGAGGCGCUCUCGGCGCACGUGUGGAAGCUCCUCGCCACGGCGGUCGGAACCUCCGACACGCACUGCCGCAUGGCAUGGCUCGUGGACGGCCGCCGAGUGCUCGACAUGGGCAAGUACCCCGGCGCGGCCACCGCCUACCUCGGCAACGUGCUGACCUACGCGUCGAGGGAAGCCGCCGUGGAGACGAUCUCGGCCUCCCCGCUCGGCGACGUGGCGGCCAUGGCGGCGGCGGCGAUCGGGGAGGCGUUGAGGCAGGAGCGGUACGAGGCGCUGGUGGACUGGAUGGAGGAGCACAAGGGGGCGUUCCGGGAAGAAGGCGGGAAGUGGACGGAGGCGGUGGGGCUCGGCACGGGGAGCCCGGCGCUGGUGGUCUCGGCGUUCGUGCCGUUCCGGGUGGAAGGGGAUUUCGGGUUCGGGAAGCCCAGGAUGGUGAUGCCGUGGAUCAGGCCCGGGCGGCUCGGGUCGGCGGCCAUGACGCUGAUCCGGAGCCCCACCGGGGACGGGUCGUGGCUGGUGACUGCCCGGCUGUGGCCCAGGCUGGCUGAGGUCGUCGACAAGGAUCCUGAGGCCGUGUUCAGGCCGGCCACCGCCGAGCGGCUCGGGUUCGCCGCUGACACGGCGCAGCUUCAGGCGACGAACGCCAUGAGCAGCCGCAUGUGAGCGAGGAGGGCGGCGGUGUCGCGGCGCUGCUUGCGUGCACGGCUGUUUUCCACUCGAUCUGAUUCGAUUCUGUACCAACCUCCUAGUCGGCAACGGUUAUCAACAGUCAUGGGCUGUGGGCCUCUUAUGAACUUUUGUCUAUUAUUAUUAUUGAUUUAUUUAUUUAUUUCCCUGUUUUUGCAUGUUGCGGGGGGUGCAUUUGUUUUAAUAAAAGAUUGGGUAUUUCUCUUCCCAAGACGAUCCUUGUAUCCAAAAUUGCUUUGAGAUCAUGAUACUGUCGUGGGAUGCAGAGUCCAAAUGUUAUACAGCAAACUGUAUUACUGUA